CGUUAAGGUCUCCGUCGCAAGUCUUCCCUCGGAAGAAGCCUCUCUCGUUCACCGCUUCCGUUUGCUGCUUAUAAGAGGCGGCAGUUUGGUCUCCAUCCGAUAAUCCAACAAUGGAGCCGGCCGAAUCUUCUCGCAGCAAAGAAGACUCCGACAUCUGGGCCAAACUAGUGCCCACUGAUUCCACGUAUCCCCCGAUAGAGAUAAGAUCGCGGGAGGCCGUCAUAUGUUCGGAGAUUACGAGCUCGUCGAUUGAGAAGCAUCCAUGGUGCGAGAUAAAGUGGAAUCCGGACAAAGAUUCGGCGAUGAUUAGAAACUUGAGUUCAAAUGUAAUCAUCAUUGAUGGGAAAGUUGUUGGAGAAGAAACAGUGAACAUUAUAAGUGGCAGUGAAAUCACUUCAGGACCUGAUAGAGAAGUAUUCUUGACCUAUGUUUUUGAGGCAAUGCCUUCUCACAGAAACAAUGAAAAAAUAAUAGAGAUAUCAUUAGAUGUCGAGCAUGCAAAAUGCAGCAUAUGCUUAAACAUAUGGCAUGAUGUUGUGACAGUUGCUCCUUGUCUCCACAACUUCUGUAAUGGGUGCUUCUCAGAAUGGUUAAGAAGGUCAUCUACCAAGUUCAACAAUAGAGCACAAAGUGUUGUAUGUCCACAAUGCAGAGCAGUUGUAUUUUCAGUUGGAAGAAAUCAUUUUUUGCAUAAUAUUGAAGAGGCUAUCUUGCAAACAUUUUCAUCUCUAAAACGUUCCGAUGAAGAAAUUGCUUUAUUGAAUACUUAUGCUUCAAUUAAGUCUAAUAUUGUUGUGGGCAUGCACACAUCUAGAAAGAGGCCACACUCACUUUCUAAUGAUGACAGCAACGAAAUUGCGCUUCCAUGUCCUCAAUGUGGAAAUGAACUUGGUGGAUUUAGAUGCAACAGAACUACCACUCACUUGCACUGUCAAGGAUGUGGUGGAAUGAUGCCUUUUAGAUCUGAUUCUGUUGUACCACAAAAGUGCUUAGGAUGCGAUAGAGCAUUCUGUGGGGCUUACUGGGAUGCUCAAGGUGUAGAUGCAAGGGAAUUCAACAUGAUUUGCCAUCACGAAACAUUCAAACCUGUCUCAGAGCGUACAAUUUCAAGAAUUCCUGAGUUGGUCCACCAGAAUAAUCAAUUUGAAAGAGAUAUCACAGAAAGGUGUAUACAGCGAACAGGGAAGACACUGCAGGCUGUCAUCUCAGAUUGGAUCAUAAAGUUUGACAAUAAAGAACUUGAUAGAACAAACCUGCAAUUGAAUCAUGUGGAGAUGAUCACUCCCAUGACACACCUUUGCAAUGAUUGUUAUAACAAAUUGGUUGAUUAUCUGUUAUACUGGUUUCGCGUGUCAUUGCCUAGUCAUCUUCUCCCACCUGAUGCGUCGAACAGGGAUAACUGCUGGUAUGGUAAUCUCUGUCGUACCCAACAACACAAUGAAGAACAUGCCAGGAAGAGAAACCAUGUUUGUCGCCCAACUAGGGGGAACAUAAAUAUGUAACAUCUUCUAUAUUUAUAUAAUUAUUCUCAAGGCAAUCUACCAAAAAUCGUGCAGGUACUGUGAAGUCUUUUCCUUUGUUGUAUCUAUUGUUAGUUUUGAUGUAUUUUGCUAACUGAUAUACUAUUAGUUAUCUAUCCAUGAGAUGUUUAUACAA